AUGUUCCCCCCAGACUCCAUUAAGCAAGCCGCAAGCUCGUGCGCGUAUGGCAUGAUGAAAUACUACAAGGGAAAUGAGACGGGAAUGCCACUCGGAUUGUUACCAGAUCCUUAUUAUUGGUGGGAAGCUGGAGCUAUGUUCGGUACCAUGGUGGAAUAUUGGUACUAUACGGGGGAUGACACCUACAACGAUGUUGUGACGGAAGGCUUGCUUGCACAGGUCGGGCCCGACAAUGACUUCAUGCCGCCAAAUCAAACUAAGACAGAGGGAAACGAUGAUCAAGCCUUCUGGGCAUUCGCGACCUUGUCGGCCGCAGAAGUGAAAUUUCCAGAUCCACCGAAGGGUAAACCCUCGUGGCUGGCGCUUUCCCAAGCAGUGUUCAACCUUCAAGCCGCUCGAUGGGAUACACAAAAUUGCGGAGGUGGUCUACGAUGGCAGGUUUUCACCUUCAAUAAGGGUUAUGACUACAAGAAUAGCAUCUCAAAUGGAGGGUUCUUCCAACUUGCGGCACGCUUGGCGAGAUACACAAAGAAUGAGACGUACGCCAACUGGGCUGAAAAAACCUAUGAUUGGAUGCUUACGACUCCACUGUUCACCGACGACUAUGUGAUUUAUGAUGGAGCUCAGAUCGAGAACAAUUGUACAAUCGCUUCCAAAUUGCAAUGGACGUAUAAUAUUGGUACCUUCCUGAUCGGAGCUGCCAACAUGUAUAAUUACGUAAGUGUGCAAAGGAUUGCUGCACCCGCAUCGUAUGCUUACACCACACAGACCAACGGGGAUCAAAAGUGGCGAACGCGAGUCGAAGGACUCCUAAAUGGCACCCAAGCAUUCUUCCCAACGCAGUAUGGUGGAAACACCAUGGUCGAGAUUGCUUGUGAGCCCCAACAGACCUGUAACUACGACCAGCCAUCUUUCAAAGCCUACCUGUCCCGGUGGAUGGCAGCCACGACUCAGCUCGCACCUUUCACCUUUGAUUUCAUUAAAGACAAACUCCGAGAUUCUGCCAACGGUGCCGCUGGUCAAUGUGAUGGUGGUACAGAUGGUAUGACUUGUGGGCGUACCUGGCAUUCUACGACUUGGGAUGGAAAGUAUGGGGUCGGAGAGCAAAUGAGUGCUCUCAGCGUUAUCCAAUCCAACUUGAUCAGCAAGGUCUCCGGGCCUGUCACGUCAGAUAAUGGUGGGACGUCGCAAGGGGAUCCCUCGGCUGGGGGUGGUGGGGAUAAUGCUGCUGAAGCUGCUAUUGAUCCCAACGCGGGCCAUUCGAUUACGACAGCUGACAGAGCCGGUGCUGGUAUUCUUACGGCCCUGGUUUUGGGGAGUUUCGCGGGGUGUACAUGGUGGAUAUGUUUUGUGUGA